UCACCGCAGCACAUCGAGCCUCAAGUAUCACCUCGACGCAAAACAUUUAGCAGCUAGCGUGGACGUUAGCCCGACUCCAAGUACAAGGACUCACACCCAACCCACACUCCACCAGAUGACUGGUUUAAGGACCAGGGUAACUAAGUCUGAAUUACCCAGAUAAUCCAUAUUUGGGCUCAGUGACGCAUUUGAACAUGUAUAAAAACCUGGAGUGAAACCUCAGCUGCACAAGUCCACACAGAGGAUCCAAGGUCUGCUAGGAUGGCUCGCAUGUCUGUUUUCAGAUUCUCAGCUCUGGCUCUGCUGCUGCUGCUGUCUGCCUGCUGUUGGGCCGACAAUGAGGCAGAGGAUGACUCAGCGGAGCUUUCUGUCUCUGAACUUCUGGAGAGAGCCAACAGUAAUCUGAUCCGUUCUGACGAUGAUCCCAUCCUGACUGGAGGAGACAUCGCCAUUGGCAGCGAGGACGAGAGAAACGCCGACCCCUGCACCAGCCGAGGCUGCAAGUGGGGAAAAAAUGCUGACGGGAAGGUCUACGUUCCUUAUUACAUCACCAACCACUUCUCUGACCGGGAGAAGGCCAUCAUCACCCGUGGACUGGAGUCCUUCUCUUCCUUCUCCUGCAUCCGCUUCAGGCCAAGCAGAAGCAGCGACCGCGACUGGCUGAGUAUCGAGUCCCAGAAUGGCUGCUACUCCUUCGUUGGCCGUCGUGGUGGGAAGCAGGUGGUGUCUCUGGCCCGGAGGGGAUGCCUUUACCAUGGCACGGUGCAGCACGAGCUGCUCCACGCUCUGGGCUUCAACCAUGAACAGACCCGCUCUGACAGGGACAACCACAUCAAAGUCUUGCUGCAAAAUGUUCAGUCUGGAAUGCAGCACAACUUCAAUAAGAUUGCCACCCUGAACCAGGGCACUCCCUACGAUUACAACUCUGUCAUGCAGUACCACAAGUACGCCUUCUCCAAGAACAACCAGCCCACCAUGGUCCCCAUCCCCAACGCCAACGUGUCCUUUGGCAACGCCAAGGAGAUGAGUCGCAACGACAAGGCCAGGCUCAACACUCUCUACAAGUGCUAAGAAGUGUUUUCAGAUGUGCUGACAGACGAUCAGAGGCUCCCUGACCAACAGAAGCUGCAGCCCUGAACUCAUCAGCACAACAGUCAAU